UAAAAUGUGGAGUCCAAUACUUCAGUUUUCUAUGCUAUCUCAGCUAUUACUCCUCCUUAUGCUCCUUCCAUAUUCUCCAACAGGCGCUGCACCAGUUGGAAUAUGUUAUGGCCGGCUGGCGAACAACCUUCCACCUCCACCUAAAGUCAUCAGCCUUCUCAAAUCCAAUGGCAUUUCAAAUAUACGCAUAUUUAACCCCGAUCCCUCCACGUUACAAUCGUUUGCUGGCACUGGAAUCAAUCUCAUGGUCGGUGUUCCUAACGAAAUCCUCCCUGACCUCGCCGCAGGAGGGCCUGUUUUUGCCCACCAGUGGCUUCAAAACAACAUCUUCUCCUACAUACAUUCAAGCCAAAUCCGUUACAUCGCCGUUGGUAAUGAGAUCCUUCUCAAAGAUCCAUAUUACACUCCGCAUGUAGUACCCGCAAUGACAAAUCUUUACCAAGCUCUACAAACCGCAAACCUCGCAAACUCAAUCAAGUUAUCUUCCCCACAUGCGGCUUCAGUUCUCUCAAUUUCAUAUCCUCCAUCUUCAGGAACCUUCGAUCCUGAUAUAAAAUCUUUUAUUGUACCUUUCCUUCAGUUAUUAUCCGAAACUAAAUCACCCUUCAUGGUUAAUAUCUACCCGUAUUUUAGCUACACCGGCAGUUCGAAGUACGUGUCAUUAGACUACGCAUUGUUCAGAAGCCACGAAGCGUUUCAAGAUGGCGGCUUAACUUACCAUAAUCUUUUUUAUGCAAGCGUCGAUGCGUUUGUGUAUGCAAUGGAGAGAGAAGGGUUCGGGGAAGUUCCGAUAAUGGUGACGGAGACAGGGUGGCCGACGAGCGGGGGUGUGGCGGCGAGUGUGGAGAAUGCAUUGGCGUAUAAUGGGAAUGUAGCGAGAAGUGCUGUGAGUGGUGUUGGGACACCGAAGAGGCCCGGCAAGGGAAUUGAAGUUUACUUGUUUGAUCUUUUUGAUGAAAAUGGAAAGACUGGAAAGGAUUAUGAAAAACACUUUGGGAUUUUCAGACUGGAUGGAUCCAAAGUUUAUGAUAUCAAAUUUAAUUGAUAAUCUGAUUAUUAUGAGAUCAUUAGAGGAGAGUGCAUGUAAUGUAACAUGUGGGAAACUGGAAUAUGA